UUAAAUUUAUAGUUUUGACCAACUUAUUGUAUAAAAAGUAAAAACACAUACAUAAUUAUAGAUUAUAGUUAAGAAAGGUGAAUUAAGAGUAAAAUAUAUUUAAUUACAAAGGAAAAUUUAAAAAAAUCCAUAAAUAGCUCAACUCCAUCAAACAAUGCAUUAAAUGCGAGCGUGACAUCCAGCGGUGCCUGCAUACGCUUUAUUACAUAAGGAUAAACACAGACCGUUGGAUUGAUACUCGACAAAUCUCCACCGUCAGAUUCAUAUUAAAUGCUCCCACCAGCCUCUUUCCCUCCUCUCUCUUCUCUCUCUCUCCAACACAAACACACACACAACACACAGUGAAACGCUUCAGCCACCUUCACCAGUCACCACCACCAUCUCCUCCGGCAAAACCUAACCCCGUCGGAUAUCAUAAAAUCAAACCCAUACUUGAUCCGAGAAAACACGUGAACUUUCAAAAAGAUGAAGCAGAGGAAAAAUCCGAUGAUUUAUUUGCUGUUAUUUACCUAUUUCUGCUGUGGAGUAUCCAGUUUGGGAUCAAUGUCGUCCAUCGCCAUUUCAUACGGAGAAAACGGACCCGUAUUCUGCGGGUUAAAAUCCGACGGCUCGCAUUUAGCCAGCUGCUACGGCUCAAACCCCGCCAUCGUUCAUGCAACCCCAAAUUACUCGCCCUUCCUCGGCUUAACCGCCGGCAGCGGCUUCGUCUGUGGGCUUCAGAUGGACUCAAAUCAGCCCUUCUGCUGGGGGAGCACCGGAUUCAUCCAAAUGGGGGUACCCCUAAAAAUGGCGAAAAAAUCGGAGUACCUAGAAAUCAGCGCCGGAGACCACCAUUUAUGCGGGCUGCGGAAACCCUUGAUGGGUAAGUUGAGAAACACUUCCUUAGUCGAUUGUUGGGGUUACAACAUGACAAAAAGCUACAAUUUCGAUGGGCAGAUCCAAUCAAUUUCCGCCGGUUCUGAGUUUAAUUGUGGCCUCUUUGCUCAAAAUCGGAGCGUAUUUUGCUGGGGCGAUCAAACCAGUAGUAAUGUGAUAGGGUUAGUACCGAAAGAGUUGAAAUUUCGAAAAAUUGCAGCAGGGGGUUUCCAUGUAUGUGGGAUUCUCGAAGGGGUUAAUUCGAGAGUUGUUUGUUGGGGGUCUAGUUUGGAUCUUGAACAAGAGAUUUCUAGCGGGUCGGGUUUGUAUUCGGGUCAACUGAACGUUGACUCUGCUCCGGUGGAUAAUAUGUUGUCUGUAGUUGGGGGAAAAUUUCAUGCUUGUGGGAUUAGGAGUAGUGAUAGAGGUGUUGUUUGUUGGGGUUAUACAGUUGAUAAGAGCACACCGCCACCGAAUGGAGUUAAGCUUUACGAAAUUGCUGCCGGCGAUUACUUCACUUGCGGAAUUCUCGCGGAGACGUCGCUUUUACCCGUUUGUUGGGGGGUUAGUUUCCCUACGUCUCUGCCUUUAGCAGUUUCGCCGGGAGUUUGCAAGUCGACGCCAUGUUCGAGCGAUUCGUACGAGUUUGAAAACGCGAGUUUGCCUUGCAAGUCUCGCGGGUCCCACAUUUGCUUGCCUUGUAGCAACGGCUGUCCUAACGAAAUGUAUGUGAUCAGUGAGUGCAGUUUGAAAUCCGAUAGGCAGUGCGGGUACAACUGCUCGGUUUGCAGUUCGGACGAGUGCGUGAGGUCGUGUUCGAACGCUGCUAUUGAAAGAAACGAGAGCGAGAAGAAGUUCUGGUCGGUGCAAAUGCCGAUCGUUAUUGCGGAAGUUUCUUUCGCUGUCUUCUUGGUGACAGCUGUCGCUUUGAUUUCGGUUCUGUACGUUCGGUACAGGCUGAGGAACUGCAGGUGCUCGGAAACUUCUACUGCAAGUACUACAAAUGGUUCUUUACGUAAAGAGAGUGGUAAAAUCCGACCCGAUUUGGACGAGAUGAAAAUUAGGAGGGCUCAAAUGUUUUCUUACGAAGAACUCGAAAGAGCAACGGGUGGAUUUAAGGAAGAAUCGGUCGUGGGAAAGGGUAGUUUUUCGAGUGUUUUCAGAGGUGUAUUAAAAGACGGCACAACAGUUGCAGUAAAACGAGCUAUAGUCUCACCCGAUUUGAAAAAGAACUCGAAAGAAUUUCACACCGAGCUCGAUUUGCUCUCGAGGCUAAACCACGCACACUUGCUCAAUUUGCUCGGUUACUGUGAAGAGAGCGAAGAGAGGCUCUUGGUUUACGAGUUCAUGGCUAACGGCUCAUUACACCAACACCUCCACAGUAAAGAAAACGAAACGAAGGAGCAAUUCGAUUGGGUGAGGAGAGUGACAAUCGCAGUACAAGCAGCUCGAGGAAUCGAAUAUCUACACGGCUACGCUUGUCCACCUGUCAUCCAUCGUGAUAUUAAGUCCUCAAACAUUCUAAUAGACGAAGAGCACAAUGCACGCGUGGCAGAUUUCGGGCUUUCCUUACUCGGGCCUGCAAAUAGUAGCUCGCCAUUGGCCGAGCUGCCAGCUGGCACCCUCGGAUACCUCGACCCCGAAUACUACAGGCUUCACUACCUCACGACGAAAUCCGAUGUUUAUAGCUUUGGUGUUUUGCUAUUGGAGAUUCUUAGUGGGAGAAAAGCUAUCGACAUGCAGUACGAAGAAGGGAACAUAGUCGAAUGGGCUGUGCCUUUGAUUAAAGGUGGCGAAAUCGAUGCGAUUCUUGAUCCGUUCUUGAAGCCCCCGUCAGAUCUUGAAGCGCUGACUAGGAUCGCUAAUAUAGCGUGCAAGUGUGUGAGAAUGAGAGGGAAGGAAAGGCCUUCGAUGGAUAAGGUUACUACAGCUUUGGAGCGUGCUUUGGCUUUGUUAAUGGGGAGCCCGUGUAACGAGCAGCCGAUUCUGCCGACUGAGGUUGUUUUGGGGAGUAGUAGGAUGCAUAAGAAGACUUCUCAAAGAUCGGGGGGCAAUCGGUCGAAUUCGGAAAAUGAUGGGGCGGAAAUGGAAGAUCAGAGAAUCGAGAUUAGGGCUCCGUCUUGGAUUACUUUUCCGAGCGUGGCUUCUUCGCAGAGGAGGAAGUCUUCUGUUUCGGAAUCGGAUAUUGUUGAUGGAAAGAAUAUUCCGGAAACUAAAAACGGGGGUAACGGGAAUAUUGUCGGAGAUGCUUUGAGGAGUCUCGUGGAAGAGAUUGGUCCCGCUUCUCCUCAAGAACAUUUGUUCUUGCAGCAUAAUUUCUAGGCUAAAGGUAAAUAUAUAUAAUGUGGCCGAUUUUGUAUAUUUUUAUCGUAAUUCGGCGGUCGAGUAAGCGAACUAUAUAUAUGUAUAUGUAAUUCUUGCAUUGGUGUUAUUGCAAGCUUUUUUGAACUAGUACUAAUUCGGAGGCGUUGUUCGAAUGUUCGUAUUUAUUCUGUCUCGGGUAAAGGUGUGUUCUUUACACGAACGGAGUACCAAACAACGUAUGACAAAAUGUUCGUUUCUCGUUUCGUUUUCUUGCGAAAUAUUUAUAGAGUAGAUGGAGUUUUGUAGUUUC